AUGAGCAAUUCAGUUCCAAUCACAGUUCCUUCUGACUCAUUUGAGGGUGCUGCAAACUAUCUUAUCAACAUCGAACUUCCUGGCAUUGCCAAGAAGGAUGUCAACAUCGACAUUGCAGAAAAUAUUAUUUCAGUUAAGGCAGAGAAGAAGGCACCAAACAAAGACUACAGAAAAAUCGAUACAGGCCGCCUCUAUGGUAAGAUUGAAAGCAGAUGGAGCAUUCCAAAGGACGGUGAUGCUGAAAAAAUCUCCGCUGCUCUCAACGAAGGCCUCUUAACAAUCACAAUUCCAAAAACAAAGAAGCGCGAGAUCAAGAUUAACCUCGAGUAA